CGUUUGCUGCGCUACCAGGCCGCGGUCGGCCUCCGGGCAUUUGCGUACAACUCUGGGCUCCCGCUGCUCGAGUGGCGGGCCUGACUCUGUUUAAUAAAACAUGAGGUCCCUUUCGAGGCAGUCGUUUGGAGGACAGCUGUUUUUAUGAAAGUAUUUCCAUUUGCUGUUACCAAUUUGAGGUCGUUCGACUGGAGUUUUUACUGCUCCAAAAUCAGUCUUUUCACCGAAUUUCCGUUUUGUGAUCAAAGUUUACGUGAGAUGGAAAAUUUUCGAGGAAUAGCCGAAGAGUCAAUUCCAAGCUUUUUAACCAACUCAUUACUUGGUAAUAGUGAGAUUUUGGAAAAUGUCACUCUUUCUUCAAAUCUUGGCUUGCCUGUUGCCGUUUCAACACUUGCUAGGAAUAGAUCCGGCACUGACAACAGGUAUCCUGAUACAGAGGCUUCUUAUUUAGUAGAAGGGAGGUUUUCUGUUCCAUCUGAGUCCUCUCCCAGUAGCCAGAGUGAAGCUGAACCAAGAGAGAAGUUACACCUUAGCUUUCAGGAUGAUGAUUCUAUCUCUAAGAAAAAAAAUCCUAUAGAAGGUCAACACUUGUCAGAUGCUGGUCUUGGAGAGUCUUCUUUGCAAAGUGAUAUAACAAGAACAGGAGAGGAGCAAGCUACAACUGCAAAACCCUUGCAGAGCCAAGAUCCUUAUGAUAGGAUUUCACCACUGGAACAAGUGCAAGAUUCACCUGUUGAUGUUUGUUUACAAUCAUGGUUGAAGAAUAAGGACAACAAGAUUGUUGUUCCUCAUGCUGGAAGACCUUUUGAAGACAAGAAUCCACACAGUGACUUAAGCCACACUAGUUUAUUAGAAAAUGAGAAACUUCCAUCACUGAGAAGCUUGGAGGAUUCUUCUGUAGAUGAUGAUAUUGAUGAUGAAGAGUUUUAUGAUGAACAUUUAGAGGCUUAUUUUGAGCAACUAGCUAUUCCAGGAAUGAUAUAUGAAGACCUAGGACAGGAACCUCCAGAAAAUGAUUUUAAAUUACCUACAAGUGAUUCAUGUCAGGCAAAUGAAAAUGGUAGUUUAAACUAUAAGUCUCAAGCAGAAAAUAACAGCUCUCCGAUUUCUGAUGGCUCACACUCUUUGGGAAGUUCUGAAACAACCCACAAAGAGUCUGAAGUAGGCCAUGUUGCUUGUCUGCCUGGGAUCAGUAAUUUUAUAGAUACUGGAGAUAGUAGAAGGCACGUAGGUGGUGUAUUAUCACUUUCUUCUAGUACUCGGGGAAUUGAACAAGAGAACGAAAGGGAAGACAGUUUGAAGGGCAUUGUCCCACAUCAUGGCAGAGAAAUCUCAAGAGAAGAAGUUCCUGUGAAGACUAUCCAAGCUGCUAAUGCAAAACUUAACCCUGUUUAUUUUCAUGACACAAAUGCCAAUAAAGGUGAAUUUGACUUAGUGGACCUUUUGAAGCUGGAUGCCGUCUCUCUUCAUGAAGAUAAGCAUUUGGCAUCUAAUUCAGAAAUAAUUUUGCCUAUGGAUAAACGUUUGGACACUGAAACUCCUAAAGUGUCUAUUCAAAAAUAUGUGGACAAAGCAUCUUUGAAGCCUGUUAGUGACAAUGGAAUUAUUUCCCCUAAUAGUCUACGAUCACCAACUAUUGAAAGGCGAAUAUAUGAAUGUUACAAGUCCAUUGAAAAGAGUAAAGAACAAACAGAUCUAUCACCGAGUGUGGUCUAUCAAAAUGAAGAAGGCAGAUGGGUCACUGACCUUGCGUAUUACACAUCUUUUAAUAAAGAGCAAGUUUUAAAUAUGUCUCUAGCUGACGAGAUGAAUGAAGACUUCAGAUCUGGUUCUGAGGCACUGGAUUUGAUUGAUCAAGAUGAAGAAGAAUUUAAUAAAGAGCAUCAAUUUAUGCAGGAAGAAAAUAUAGAUGCCCGGAACACUUCAGCUGCACUAGGUGAUACGUCUUGGGGAACUUCAAUUAAUUACAGUUUGUUGAGGAAAUCACUUAGCACAUCAGAUUUGGACAAAGAUGAUGCCAGUUAUUUACGCCUAUCAUUAGGAGAGUUCUUCGCUCAAAGAUCUGAAGCUCUUGGCUCCCUUGGUGGUGGUUACAAUGUGAAAAGACCAUCGUUUGGUUAUUUUAUUAGAUCACCAGAGAAGAGAGAACCUGUUGCUCUAAUAAGAAAAUCUGAUGUAUCCAGAAGUAAUUUGGAAAAAGAAAUGACUCUUGUUAACCAUGAUAUAUUUUCAGGAGACUUAAAAACACAGCCAAACGAAGGAUCAGUUACACUUCAGGCUGAAGAACUGGAGAGCAUUUCACAAAUGAAUGAAAGUGAUAAGACAUUAACUGUCAAUAACAGCAAAACAGAGGACAAUUUCUUCAUGAGUAGUAAACCCCAAAGAGACAAAAGCAAGAUACCUACUGGUGGUGAUUCUGUACUUAGGAUAAGCACCAUUGCUUCAGCCAUUGCAGAUGCGUCAGUGAGUACUGAUCCUUCCCAACUUGCUGCCAUGAUCAAGGCACUUUCAAAUAAAACCAGAGAGAAGACUUUUAAGAAGGAUAAUAAACAAAAGGACUAUUCCACUCUGUCUCAUUUCUUACCUAGUGAUACAGAAAAAAGUAGUGGCUCCAGCAUGUUUGAUAUGGAGAAAUACCUUAAAAAAACAGAAGUUAGUAGAUAUGAAGGUGGACUGGAAAACUUUUCAAGAGCUAGUACGUCUGAUAUUUGGGAUUUAUCUUUGCCCAAAGAACAGACUACACAAGACAUCCAUACAGUGGACUUAGGUGCUACUAAUAAAAAUAUAAGGGAACCAGAAGAAAAUACAGUAUAUACUUUUUAUGGUGAAAAUGGAAAGAGUGAGAAUCAAGAAUCAUGUAGAACAAACUUUCCACAUUCAAUUCUUACAAAUAGAAAAGAGAGUGAAAAUACGGUAGUUGAUGUGAAGACCUGUCCUAUUGACAACAAAUUACCAGACAUUGGCAACUGUGAAACAGCUCCAUCAGUAUCCACUCCAAAAUCUGAUAGUUAUUCAUUAGUAAGGAAUCCCAGGAUAGCAUCUGUUUGGCUGUCAGAAGAGUGUGAAGAAAUACCAAAUAAUGGAGAAAAUCAGAGGCAAAAUGAAUGUGCUAGUGAAGCAAGCAACAGUGAAAAACAUGUGACUUUUGGAAAACAUUGCAUAGUUGCACCUAAAAAUGUUGAUUUGCAAAAUUACUCUCCUGGACAUGGCUCAGAGGAUGACCAGGAUAGCUUCAGACCUUCCUCUUCUCCACUGAAUCAUUCUUCUCCUAGUGAAACUUCUGGAACAAGUUUAUCAGGGUGUGCUUUAGAGUCUUUUGGUUCAGCAGCUCCUCAGAAGCCCCCCUGUGAGAGUGAGUCAUCUCCAUUGGUGUGUCCACAAGCCAGUGUGAGUAGGCUGACUUACGUGUCUGAACAAGAGAGCACCUGUCCCACUACAGCCUCAGAUCAUGGCCUUGAGGAUCGCAAGAGUGAUGUCACCAGUGAAUUGACCAGCACAAUUAUUCAAGCCAGUCCAGUUCCAUCAGAGGAACGGGCUAUGGAAAAGCAGAGAGAAAAAGGUCUGUUUCAAAGUAGAAGUAAAGUAGCACUGUCCUAUAAUCAGAAAAACGCAGAUACAGACAAUGUGACUGAAACGACUUCUCUGAGUAGCAGACCUGAAGAUGUAAAGCCUUACUUCAGGUUGGAUAAAGGUCUUUCCUCCAAAAGUGGAGACCUAUCAGAAACUGGUGCAGUAGGGUUGACCUCUAAACCCAGUGAAUUGGACCAGAUCAGCCUGGGUCUACUGAGCAAGUCAGGUCUCACCCACCCAGUUGUGUCAACGAUGCCACACCUCCCUAUUUCACACCAGGCGUUUGUGAACAAAGAUGAAAGAGUAGCCUCUGAAGAUAUGUUAACUGCUGGAAGUGCAGUAAGUGGCCAGAUUCCUCAUUGGAUGGCCCCUGGAAACCAGGGCGCCCCUGUUCCCAGCACUAUGCCUUGUAGCUCUGCUCCUGAGAUGGAGAACAUGCUCACUGCAGUUCCUACACUCUUGACUCAGCAUUCUUUUACCACAGCUCCCUUAGCCCAGCAGUAUUUGGGAACACUGCCUCAGUGCCAGGCUGGCAGUGCCACCGUCUGUGGAUUCUCAGGAAGCUGUCCAUAUCCUGCUGUUGCAGGAGAACAUGUUCAGAACUCUGUGGCCAUGGGAAUUUGUCUAGGACAAAAUAUCGGCUCUGGAUUGAUGGGUGCCUCUUCCCUUUACAACCCAUAUUCUAACACCUUAAAUCAGAAUCUUCUAAGUACAGCAAAACCUUUUCCUAUGCAUCCUGUUGGUACAAAUUGUGGAAUUGAACCAUGGGAUUCAGGAAUACUGUCAGGAUUUGGGAAGGUAAGAGUACCUGAAGAACUGAAGUUUCCUCAUGCUUGCUGUGUUGGCAUUGCUUCACAGACCUACCUUAGUGUACUUAAUCCAGCUGACCGCUGGCUACAGGUCAGCAUUGGGGUUCUCACCAUUAGUAUCAAUGGUGAAAAGGUGGAUCUUUCAGCAUAUCCUUGUUUAGUCUUCAAGAAUAAAGUCAUCAUAAGACCUCAUGCCACGGAAGAGAUAAAAGUACUUUUCAUACCAUCUGAUUCUGGGAUUUUCAGAUGUAUAUUCAGUGUUGCUUCUUGGCCAUUUUCAGCAGAUGCUGAGACCAUAGCACAAGCAGAAGCCUUGGCAAGCCGAGUCAUUCUCACGGCUGUUGCGGAGACCCCUGUGAUCGAGGUAGAUAUAGAAAAGAAAGAUGUUCUUGAUUUUGGUGACUUGACUUACGGAAGCUGGAAAGCUCUGCCAUUAAAAUUGAUAAACAAGACUCAUGCCACUGUGCCAAUCAGACUUGUUAUUAAUGCUAAUGCCGCAGCCUGGCGCUGCUUCACAUUUUCCAAGGCACCCAUCCAUGCCUCUUGGAAAGAGACUCCAUAUGCCGAUGUGAUUGCUCAGCUUGCAGCUCCUUCUGUGGUCAACCACGUGAUGCCUGCUAGUUAUGAUGGACAGGAUCCAGAGUUUCUGAUAAUUUGGGUUCUUUUCCAUAGUCCAAAGAAACGGAUCACUUCUUCAGAGAUCUUGGACUCAGCAGAAGAGUUCUUGGCAAGAGUGGAUAUAGAAGUUGAUAGCCCAAACCCUACACCAGUCAUUAAAAGUGUUCGUCUCCAAGCAAGAACAGGAAUAGCUAGGAUACAUGCUCCAAAAGACUUACAGACUAUGCACUUGUUUGCCAGUGUGGCUUCCUCAACAAAGCAGCACUUACCUUUGAAAAAUGCAGGGAAUAUUGACGUUUACUUGGAUAUCAGGAUUCCAGAUCAAGGAAGUCACUUUUCAGUGGAUCCAGAGAAUCUAUUCCUUAAACCUGGAGAAGAACGAGAAGUUACAGUUACAUUUACUCCAGAGGACCCCAAGACCUGUGAGGAAAGGAUCUUGAAAAUAUUUGUGCAGCCCUUUGGACCUCAAUAUGAAGUGGUGUUAAAAGGUGAAGUCGUUUCUUCAGGAAAUAAACCUCUGACACCUGGCUCUUGCUGCUCAGAUGUUCCAUCGAUUUUGUCCAACAAGCAGUUUCUGGCCUGGGGAGGUGUUCCUCUUGGUAGAACACAGCUUCAGAAGCUGGCUUUAAGAAAUAAUUGUACAGCUACAACUCAGCAUCUGCGACUCCUCAUUAGAGGACAAGACCAGGACUGCUUUCAGCUUCAACACACUUUUGGUUCUGAAGAACGACUAACCAGUAACUGUGAGAUUAGAAUGUGUCCAAAAGAAGAUGUUCACAUCUCUGUGUUAUUUGCACCUACUCGAUUAUCUUGCAUGUUGGCUAAACUAGAAAUUAAACAACUGGGAAUUCGAUCGCAACCAGGGAUUAAGUUCACGAUACCUUUGUCUGGAUAUGGAGGAACAAGUAAUCUUAUUUUGGAAGAUGUUAAGAAGUUAUCUGACAGUUACAUGGUAACAGUGAAUGACUUAAUACCUGGCAAAGAAAGUAGAAUUGUUUUUUCUGUUCAUAACACCGGCUCUCGGGCAGCUUUUGUUAAAGCAAUAGGUUUUAAGGAUUCUCAGAAAAAAGUUUUGCUGGAUCCUAAAGUACUACGGAUUUUUCCAGAUAAAUUUGUGCUCAAAGAAAAAACACGAGAAGAUGUUACUAUAAUAUAUAAUCCAUUAGACAGAAAGAACAAUUACACAACCACAACAGAACUGUCAACUAUAUACUUCUUUGGUGGUGAUGAAAUUUCGAGGCAGCAGUAUCGAAGAGCCCUUUUGCAUAAACCAGGGAUUAUAGAACAAGUGCUUCCAGAACAUAGUGUGCUGCAGAACGUUGAUUUUGCUGAGACAUUUCAGGAUGAGUUACUAGUAACUGAAGUGUAUGAUCUUCCCCAACGACCAAAUGAUAUUCAGCUCUUCUAUGGAAAUAUGCGCAAAAUUAUACUUUCAGUAAUUGGAGAAUUCAGAGAUUCUGUGUCUAGCAGUGAAUUCCUUCAGCCUUCUUCCAAACUUAGCUUAGAAUCUAAAAGUGAAUCUGACAGUUCUGGGAAACAUGGUGGCAAUGUUUCUUUGGAUGUUUUACCAGUUAAAGGUCCUCAAGGUUCUCCACUUCUUUCACAAGCCGCUUGCCCACCUCAAGAUAAAUCAUCCUCCAGGGAAAUGUGGACUGUCCAACCUGAACACUUGAUUUUGAUGGCCCCUUCUCCUUGUGGUCUGGCAAAAACUGCACGUUUCCAGAUUUUAAAUAAUUCCAUUAGGUUACUAAAAUUUGAGUUAUACUGGCCGGCACAUUGCCUUACAGUAACACCACAACAUGGAUUUAUCCCACCAGAGAGUAAGCUACAAAUUCUUGUGAGUCCUAAUUCCUCUUUAUCCACAAAACAUUCAAUGUUUCCAUGGAGUGGUUUCAUCUAUAUACAUUGUGACAAUGGACAGAAGAAAGUUGUGAAAGUUCAAAUUCGAGAAGACUUGACCCAGAAAGAACUUACUCAUUUGGCCUCCAGCUCUUUUGGAAUCCUUUCCCCAGAAACUGAUCCUUCUGUUAGUCAUCUGGUGAAGCCGAUGACAAAACCACCUUCCACAAAAGUUGAAAUAAGAAAUAAGACUGUUACUUUUCCUGCAACAGAACCUGGUGAAACUUCAGAAAAUUGUCUGGAACUUGAGAAUCAUGGUAAUGCAGAAGUGAAGUGGCAUCUGUCAUCUUUAGCUCCACCUUAUGUCAAGGGAGUUGAUGACAGUGGAGAUGUUUUUAGAGCUACCUAUGCAGCAUUCAGAUGUUCUCCUAUUUCUGGUAUACUGGAAAGCCGAGGAAUUCAGAAGGUCUCCAUCACGUUUUUGCCCAGAGAUAGAGGGGAUUAUGCUCAGUUUUGGGAUGUUGAGUGUAACCCCCUUAAGGAGCCUCAUAGGAAACAUACCUUGAGAUUUCAACUCUCUGGGCAAAGUGUCAAAGCAGAAAAUGAGCCUGAAGGUUCACAAAUUUCCACAAACUCCCUCAUUAAACUGGAUAAUUUAGUUAUGCCCCGAAGACAAGGUGUAUCAGAGACUGCUCUCAUACCCAGCAGGCAGCUUGACUUGACUCACCGUGGGGUUUAUGCCUCAGAAGAUGUGUAUCGGUUUCUGCCAACUAGGGUAGGGGAAUCCAGGACGUUGAAGGUCAAUUUGCGAAAUAAUUCUUUCAUUAUGCACUCUCUGAAAUUUUUAAGUCCCAGAGAGCCUUUCUACGUCAAACAUUCAAAAUACUCUCUGAGAGCCCAGCAUUACAUCAACAUGCCUGUGCAGUUCAGACCCAAGUCAGUGGGCAAAUUUGAAGCUUUGCUUGUUGUUCAAACAGAUGAAGGCAAGAGUGUUGCUAUUCGACUAAUGGGUGAAGCUCUUGAAAAAAUCAACUAGAUAUAUUUUGUGUAAAGUAAAUUACAAAAGUUAUGUUUUGGUAACUUUUUCUUACACUACAAUAUUCUUUUGUAUAUAUUUUGUAAGAUUUUUGUUUGUCUUGAGAAGCUUAUACUGAAGACCUAAGAUAUCAUGUAUGUAGCCUAUAUUAUUAUACUUAACAUUUUUAAGGGGAGAAUUCUAUUUUUGCAUUGAUUAUGAUACUCUGAAUAAAUAUGGCAUAUAUUUUACUGUGGUGUAUCCAGAAAUAAACUUAAUUUCCACUGAA